AUACAAAGAUUUCAGAUUUACAGGAGACACAUGUUCUCCAGUGUUCUGCCUGGUUCUACCUUCAUGCACUUCUCUCAGAGAUCAGACACCAGAUUGUGGAAAUGAAGUGAUCUGACUGUGAAACUGGUCCGAGAUGCUUUCUGGGAUACUUCACGCCCCCUCCGGCGCACUGUAGGCGGAAAUGACUGUUUGGUUGCCGUGGUGACGCCCAGAGGAUGUGGUGUUUUGACUCCGCCUACUUUUCACCCAAGUACAGAGCGACAAGACAGGACACCAAACGGAGUGAAAAAGAUAUGAGACAUGGACAGUGAGGAAGAGACGGAGUGUGAAAUGUCUCCUGAGAUCCAGGAGGAGAUCCAGAAAAAGGAAGAGGAGAAGGAGGAGAAGGAAGAGGAAGAAGAUGAAGAGGAUGAAGAGAGAGGAGAUGUGAUGGGACAGACAGAAGACGCAGAAGAGUGGAACAGGUUUCUGGGGAGAACCCGGAGAUUCGAGGAGUUGGUGGUGAACUGGAAGCCUGGUGACCCUGUGACCCCUCAGUACGUCCUGACGCUGGCGGGAUACACACCGGUUUAUCUGUGCUCUCCGGAGGACAACAUCUACAACAUCAGCUUCUCCCGCUUCAAAAUCCGUGACCUGGAGGGAGGAUCCAUCAUCCUGGACCUGAAACGACAUUGUCCAACAGAAAUUAAAGACGCGAUGGAAACAGAAACAGGAUGUUUUAUUCAGUAUCGUUUCACUUCUUCAUUUCUGAACCUGAGAGAAAUCGGUGCCACGUUGGAGUUUACAGUGGGCAGUAAAGCGAUAAACAGGUUCCAGCUCAUUGAGAGACACUAUUUCAGAGAGAUGCUGCUGAAGACCUUCGACUUCGAGAUCGGUUUCUGUAUUCCAUACAGCAGGAACACCUGCGAGCACAUCUACUGUCUCCUGACCUCGACACACACACAGUAGAGGAGAUGAUCUCUCAUCCGUUUGAGACGCGCUCUGACAGUUUCUACUUUGCUAACAAUAAGCUGAUUAUGCACCACAAAGCUGAGUACUCCUUCAGCAACAAACACAGCGUCUGAUCACACACCCUGCUGGAAAGCAGCUUCUCUUCUUCCUCACUGUAACACAAAUUUUAUCCGUUCAUACAGCAUAAAGCUGCACUGAGGUCUGUUUAACACACAACUCUGUUUAACACACACACUCUUCAGUCAUCCACAGAUCAGCUGUUCGACAAAUAAAACACAAACACCUAGAGUGUAAUGUCACUGUUAGCUAAUGCACUGUUAGUCUCUACAGCAAGCAGUGUAUAUAUAUAUAUAUAAUGUAUGUGUGUGUGUGUGUGUGUGUGUGUGCAUUAUAAAUAAUGUCAAUCAAAUAAAAACUCCCUAACCAGUGUGUGUGUGUGUGUGUGUGUGUGUGUGUGUGUGUGUGUGUGUGUUUUGAAACAUUUUAGUAGUUGUUUCUACAUGGAAGUAACAGUUUCAAGUUUCAAGUUCAAGCUUCAAGUUUAUUUAUCAUAUAUACGUGACAGUUUGUACAAUAAAAUGUUUAAGUGAGGCUGCAGGUGAACUACAGCAAAUAUUAAACACUAAACAUUAUUAAAUAGUAAAGGUGUGAUUUAGUUACUAUUAGACUGUGUAAAAGUUUAAUAUGGGAAAUAUCACUCCAUUAAACCUAACACAUACAUCUAUAGUAUAGAGAUCUGCUAAAUCUCCACCACUGUGAAUACAGAUUAUUUUAUUGCUACUUUAAAUUGUUCUGAAUAUUUACAUUUUGGUGUAUGAACAUCAGAAUGAUGUCAGAAUGAACAUCACUAAAGCAACAAACACAAUGAACACAAUUCAACACGUCUCCUUUCACUGGAGCCACAACGCCACUGCACCUUUUUUAUGUAUUUCCGUGCAUUUUCUUUUGUUCAUCACGGUUUUCCGGUGGAUUUUAAAUUCAGGCAAAUUGUGUGUUUUUCUGCAAAUUCUACAGGAUAGAAAACACAAAAGAAUAAACGGUUUGUGAAAAAGCGUAA